GUGUUUUAGCGCGUGCUGCUGGUCCCAGUUCAGCUGAGCCCUGCGCGUCCCCGAGGCUGCGCGCACCCGAGAUCCGCGAGUCCAGCAGUCAGUCGCAGCGCGGGACAGAGACGGACACGGACACGGUACCGGACGAGCCGCAGACCGGGUUUAUCAGGCAUCGGUGGUUCCACGCUCUGAACGUGUGUGUUUGUGUUUCCAGGUUCUCCUCAUCUGGACGCUGAAGCAGAUCUUCUCCGUGUUGUGUGUGUCUGUGAGCCGCUGCAGUCCUGAUCACGCUUGAGGGCGGGGCUAAACUCACUCCAGACGCAGCUCAUUGGUCACGAGGCCGUGAUGGACAGGCAGAGGGACGGCCCAUUGGCCCUGCUGCUGCUCUUCCUGGGUCACAUGAUCACGGCGCUGGAGGUUCCUCUGGACCCUAAACUUCUGGAAGAGCUGCCGCAGCCUCCCACAAUCACCCAUCAGUCACCGAAGGACUACAUCGUAGAUCCGCGCGAGAACAUCGUCAUCCACUGCGAGGCCAAAGGCAAACCGCAUCCCAGCUUCUCAUGGACCAGGAACGGGACGCAUUUUGACAUCGAUAAGGACCCUAAAGUCCUGAUGAAGCCUCGCUCAGCGCUGGUGAUGGACAUCAGCGGAGGAGAGAGGACCGAGGCGUACGAGGGCGUCUAUCAGUGCUCCGCUCACAACGAGCUGGGCACCGCCGUCUCCAACAGCAUCUUCAUCCGCCAGUCCAGAUCUCCUCUGUGGUCUAAAGAGAGAAUCAGUCCAAUGAUUGCAGAGAAGGGACAGUCUUUAAUUCUGCACUGCCGCCCCCCCGCCGGCCUCCCGCCACCCAUCAUAUUCUGGAUGGACAACAAUUUCCAGCGUCUGCCGCAGAGCCGGCGUGUGUCUCAGGCUCUGAACGGAGAUCUCUACUUCUCCAACGUCCAGCCGGAGGACUCCAGGAGCGACUACAUCUGCUACGCCCGCUUCCCGCACACGCAGACCAUCCAGCAGAAGCAGCCCAUCAGCGUCCGUGUGCUCGACAUGGAUUCACUCAAUGACACAGUGGCAGAUUAUUUCAAUGACACUGAUUUGUUUAGUGAUAAACCCGCAGAAGAGCGAGCGCCGGUCUUCAUGGUUCCCAGCGAGACCGUCAGCUCUAAAAUGGUUCUGAGAGGAGAGGUUCUAGAGAUGGAGUGCAUCGCUGACGGCCUUCCCACUCCUGCGGUCUCAUGGGUUAAACGCAACGGUGAGAUUCCCAGCGGACGAGCGUCCUUCCUGAACUUCGAUAAGACUCUGCGGAUCACGGAUGUGUCGGAGGCGGAUGCUGGAGAAUAUCGCUGCAUCGCCAAGAACCGGCUGGGCUCUGUUCACCACACCAUCAGAGUCACGGUUAACGCGGCUCCGUACUGGAUCAGCGCUCCCAGGAAUCUGGUUCUGGCUCCGAAGGAGAUGGGCAGCAUCACGUGCCGGGCCGCCGGACACCCCAAACCCAGCAUCCGCUGGCUGGUGAACGGUCUGCCCAUCGAGGACGCUCCUAAAGACUCCAGCAGGAGAGUGGAAGGAGACACCCUCAUAUUUUCCGAGGUUCAGACGGGAUCCAGCGCUGUUUACCAGUGUAACGCCUCCAACCAAUAUGGAUACUUGCUGUCCAACGCAUUCGUCAACGUACUGGCGGAGCCGCCCAGAGUCUUGACGCCACCUAAUAUAGUCUAUCAGGUCAUUAUGAACAAACCUGCGCUGCUGGAGUGUGUGACGUUCGGCUCGCCCGUCCCGACCAUCACAUGGUUUAAGGACAGCCGCUCCAGCAUGUUGGAGGGAAAUGCUUAUGUCUUCCAUGAGAACGGAACGCUGGAGAUCCACAUGUCUCAACCCAUAAACAGCGGGAAAUACACCUGCGUGGCCAGGAAUAACCUCGGCAUAUCGGAGAACCACAUCUACCUGGAGGUCAAAGAGCCCACGAGGAUCCUGAGGCCGCCGGAGUACCGGGUGGUCCAGAGGAAGCGGGAUGUGGUGUUCGAGUGUAAAGCCAAGCACGACCCGUCUCUCGUGCCCACCAUGACCUGGCUGAAGGAUGACGGAGAGCUGCCUGAUGAUGAGAGGUUUAGAGUGGACUCGGACAGUCUGACCAUCACAGAUGUCACAAAGAGCGAUGCAGGGACAUACACGUGUAUCAUGAACACCACGCUGGACCAGGACUCGGCCAGUGCUCAGCUCACAGUGGUCGGGGCCCCGCCCACUCCUGCAGUGAUCUACGAGCAGCCGGGAGCACCGUCCGAUCUGGAGCUGACGGAUCCGGGAGCGAGAAGCGUUCAGCUCACCUGGACACCUGGAGAUGAACACAACAGCCCUAUCAAGAAGUUCCUGAUCCAGUAUGAGGACGCUCUUCACCAGAGCGGCGUGUGGCACAAUCUGACGGAGGUUCCUGGAACCAAGACCACGGCUCACCUGAAGCUCUCUCCAUAUGUCCACUACAGCUUCAGAGUGCUGGCGCUCAAUGAUGUGGGCUUCAGCCGACCCAGCAUGCCCUCGCGCCAGUACAGGACCAGCCCCGCAGCUCCUGACGAGAACCCCACAGAGGUCAAAGGUCACGGCACCGAACACAAUAAUCUGGUCAUCAUGUGGAAGCCGCUGACGCCUCUGCAGGCCAACGGUCCCGGCCUGCAGUAUGAGGUCAAGUGGCGUCAGCAGGACAUGGAGAAGGACUGGACGUCGGUCAGUGUGGCUAAUGUCUCUAAGUUCGUUGUGUCGGGGACACCCACGUUUGUGCCGUACGAGGUGUUGGUUCAGGCGGUGAAUGAUUAUGGUCCCGGACCCAAACCCAGUGCUGUGAUCGGAUACUCCGGAGAGGACUUUCCGUCGGCAGCUCCUAGUGAUGUGCGGGUCCUGGUGCUGAACAGCACGCUGGCCGAGGUGCGCUGGAGCCCCGUUUCGUCCGAAUCCGUGCGCGGGCGACUGCAGGGAUAUAAGGUGCAUUACUAUCGUGAGCGCAGUUUACACCGACACAACUCUCAUCACGGCAAACAGAGGACUGAGAUCUUCAGCCCCAACAAAACCAGCGGGAAACUGCCCGACCUGCUGCCCUACAGCGUCUACAACCUGCACGUGACGGCCUUCAACGGCCGAGGAGAAGGUCCUGCCAGCGUCCCGCAGCGCUUCGAGACGCCCGAGGGCGUUCCAGGCGCGCCGUCCUUCUUCAAGGUUUCUGCUUUAGAUCUGGACUCUCUGACGCUGGAAUGGGGUCCACCUCAUGAGAGGAACGGCCGUCUGUCCGGAUACACCUUCAAAUAUCAGACCGUCGAUAGCAAAAAUGAUUUGGGUCUGCUGGAGGAGCUGGAUCUGCCGUCCAAUCAGAGCAGCUUCACGCUGCAGAACCUCCCUCACAGCACACGCUACAAGUUUUAUAUCAGUGCCAGAACGCAGAGAGGAGUCGGUCCUGCGCUCACUGAGGAGGCCGUCACCAUCCUAGACAGAGCGCCGCCGGUCGCUCCAGCGUUUGGGAACGUCAGCUCAUCCGUGAGCGAGGACGGAGCUCUGAUCAGUUGGGAAUACUGGGGCCCCGAGAAACACCUUUAUGUUGAAUAUAUUAUAGACAAGAGUGAUGAAGACUGGCACAAAGAGAAGGUCAACGGCUCUCAGUUCCACGUUCUUAAGGGUUUGAAGAAAGGUUUGGCCUACAAGGUGCGUGUGGUGGCCCGGGGUCAUGACGACCGAGCGGUCCAUCACUCUGAGGAGCUGUUGGUUAAGGUCCCAGCGAUGGUGAGUCCGCAGGUGGACAUCGCCACUCAGGGCUGGUUCAUCGGUCUGAUGUCGGCCAUCGCUCUGCUCAUCCUCAUCCUGCUCAUCAUCUGCUUCAUCAAGAGGAACAAGGGCGGCAAAUAUCCAGUUAAAGAGAAGGAAGAUGCUCACGGAGACCCGGAGAUCCAGCCCAUGAAGGAGGAUGAUAUCACGUUUGGAGAGUACAGUGACGAGGACCAUAAACCGCUCAAAGGGAGCCGAACGCCGUCCAGCGGAACCGUUAAGCGCGACGGCAGCGACGACAGUUUAGUCGACUACGGAGACUCCGGAGACACGCAGUUCAACGAGGACGGCUCGUUUAUUGGACAGUAUAGCGGGAAAUCGACGCAUGACAGCUCCGCGCCGCCGUCUCCGGUGAACGCCAUGAACUCAUUCGUGUGAGAUCCGCUGAUUCAUGAACCACGCUUCAGUUUACUAGAGACUAAACGAGCGCGACUGAAGCAGACUGCUGUGUCUGUAUGGAUCUCGGAGGACCAUUAACCAGGCUGUGUUCACAAUAGCACACUAUCAUACUACUGCAGUAUGUACUAUUAUGCAAUCAUCUAGAUAUCAGGCAAAAAUAUAAACAUUUACAUUUAUGAGUUGAUCACUCAGACGGAAUUUAUACCAGUUCCCCCAAACUGAAAAUGUGCUCACGCUCAGUUCAUCUGAGAUCAGGACGAGUGUGUUUCUUCAUCAGGUUUGUAGAAAUGUGUCUCUGCAUCAGUGUCUCAGCAAUGGAUGCUCUGCAGUGAAUGGGUGCCGUCAGAUUGAGAGUCUGAUAAAAACAUCACACCACUUCAGUCCAUCAGUUAACAUCUGGAGAAGACAAAAACUGAAACUAAUCCAGCAUUAAGAUGUUUUUAACUAAAAUACAUUGAGUCUGUAAUCCAUAAUAACGCUUCCUCCAGUGAAAAGUGUUCUGGUCUGAAUCAGGAGAGAAAUCUGCAGAUCAAAACAGUCAAGAACAGCUCUAAACAAAUAUGUGGCUGGAUUUUAAUGUGAGAGACAACAACAGAUGCACUUCUUCACUGAUGGAAGCGUUAUUAUGGAUUUAAUGGGCUUCUUGUUAAAAAUGUCUUGAUGGAUUGGUUCUGACGGCACCCAUUCACUGAAGUGGAUCCAUUGGUGAUGCAAUGCUACAUUUCUCCAAAUCUGAUGAAGAAACAAACUCAUCCUGAUCUCAGAUGACCUGAGGGUGAACACAUUUUCAUUUCUGGAUGAACUAUUCCUGAUGUGACGGCAGCAGCACACUACGUUCAGUGUUCAGCGUUGAUCAUGUGAUGAUGCAGUAUGCUAGUAUAAUAUUACGAACGCAGCUGAUGUAUCCAUGCAUGAUGACAAUAUUCUACUCUUCCACUCAGAGGAAUCUGCUUCUGAGAGAUGGAGACGCUCUCACUGUAUUUCAGGGCACUGCUGCGGUGUUUAACGCUAAUAACAGUCCCAGUCUUCGAGCGCUUAAACUCUCCUGUAGACAAAGUCAGGUGCUUCCAGAGCAUCAUCUUGACCUGCAUGUGAACCUGUGCAGUUCCCAUAGCAACCCAACCCUGUGAUGCUGAGAGGAACCUGAUCAUGAUGAUGAUGAUGCUUCAUCUGCGUGACUGUAAACGUCAGACAUCAGUUCAUAAGCUAAUGGAGGAUCGUCAUCAGGCCAAUCCGGGCGCUUUGAAAUAUUCACAUGUAGAAAUGAGACUAGAAUUCAUCAGAGGACAUUUCUAUAGAGUGAAUCCCACACUGACUCAUAUUUCAUCCCAAAAUCAAAAUGUUUGAAAUUAUAUUUUACAUAAAGAGAAUGAAGCCUGUUUUUAGAAUCAUUUGUUAUUUUUUAGAUUAUGACAUUAUAAUAGUUAACUGUUUUAUUGAAAUUCUCAUUAAUUGUCCAUUUAUUGUGAUUUAAAAAAAAAAAAAUGUUUCUAAAAAUAUGAUUAAUUUUCAUGAUGUCUAAAAUAUAAUUUCUAAUUUUUGAUUUUUGGGAUCUUCAUAUAAUUCACUCUAUUUACACUUUGCCUCGUUCAGUUUUUGUAGAUCGUCAGAAUGAACAGUGAGUGAGUGUGUGUGUGUGUGUGUGUGUGUGUGUGUGUGUGUGUUUGAAAGAGAUUUUUAUGCUUUUUUCAUAACUUGCAUCAAGUUUGAAUUUGAAAUGUUAAAUGUUGUUUUGUAAAGAUAUUUUGUUACUGUAAAUAAAGUGAGUGUUUGUGUGGCUUGAGAACUGAAGUGCAGGUGAGAAGUGUGUGUGUGUGUGUGUGUCAGUGUUUUACUCCCAGCAGCAGUAUUUAUCUCUUCUUUCAGUCAGACUGUAUUGUACCGCAGCUCUUCAUUCUCUCAGUCUUUGUAAAAGGGAUUUUGUACUUUAAUCUCAGAAGUGUUAGAUAUUUACUAACCUCAAAUCUCAUUUUAUUCAAGUUUCACUGGAUGAUAUUUCAGCCUCUAUAUAUAAUAUUCAUAAUAAUAUUGAAUGAAUAAAUGUAUUGCAUUAUA